UUGUAUGUGUUCUUAACCCGACCAGCCAAAACCAGGAGACGGACCAUCAGACAAUAAGACAAUAAGACAAUGAAAGUUCUUGAAGUUUUCUAGACCCCCAGCCAGGAGUCAAAUAGACGUGCUGCAGACAUAUCAUAGACCACUUUCGAAGAUCUCACGCUGUUAUAAUGAAGGGGAAAAUUUAAAACCACAGAAAGAGACCUUGAAGACAACCAAGAUCCGCCACAAGACCACAGUGGGGAACCUCCACCUCAAGACCCACUACAAGCAGACACUGAUCGCUCUCAAGGCCGAAAAAAACUCAUACUGGUGUAAUAUAAAGCACCAUCGAGAGACUCUGAGGACAGCCCAGACCCACUAACAAAGAGAACACAAAGAACAAGCUGAAGAACCUCAACCUCAAGAAGAGCAAGAAACAGCUCAUAAUCUUUUAAAAACCCGGAAGACCUUCGAAGACCUUCAGACGUCGUGCCUCAAUAAGAAAACAACAACGUCAAGUUGAACCUCAACUCACGAAGAAUAAGAAACAAGCAGAGAUCUUUCAAAGAACCCCCAAAGACAAAGACAUAAGAACGAAACAGAAAGCCUCAAGAAGACCAUCAUGCCUCAAUAGGAAGACCACAAAAUCACAGUAAACCUGAACCUCACAAAGAACAAGAAACAAGCAAAGAUCUUUCGAGACCCACCAAAGACCUAAGGACGGAACAGCGCGCCUCAAACAGGAGAAAGAAAACAACUCUUUAUAUCAAUCCGUCAAGAAUCCCCAAAGACCUAUUGCGAAGUAGUGCCUCUAGGUCUUCAGCGACACGAUGGCCAGCGACGAGAAGGCCAAGGAGAGCCACAGAGAGCCUUGGCAGCCUUCUGGAGGAGAGGUGGGGCAAAUUCCACUACAUGAGGACAGUCCCCCAGCCUACCACACCAUGUACCCCGGGGUAGCACCAAGGCCUUCUCUCAUACCACCAAAAGAAACUUGUAUCGACACAGACAACUUGGCGGGGGGAGAGAUGGAGGCGCAGAAAAAUACACAAAAGGAUAUGUGGGUGAAGCUAAAAGGGGAGAAACAUGGCGACCUUCAGGGUGAUCAGAAGCCAGCAGAAGACAAGCAGAAGAAGUUGGAGGUCAAGACUCCAAUCAUCGUGUUCUCCAAGGAAGCGAAAGAACGGCUGCUGAAGAAGACCCACGGAGCCCGCGACACCCUCAGUGACUUCUGCCGCAAGACCACCGCCCACGGGUUCCACCACGUGAUAGAGGAGGACCUUCCCCUCUUCCUAAGGAUCUUCUGGCUCGUCGUUACUCUAAUAAGCCUGGGUAUCCUGCUGUCCGUGGCCUACACCAUGACCAAGGCGUCCUUUGUGACCAAGCGCCCCAUCACGGAGGUCACCUACAAGGACAGCAGGAAGGACGGACUCCCCUUCCCCGAGUUCACCGUCUGCAGCCGGUCAGGGUUCUGGAAGUCCAAGAUCGAGAAGCAUAACGUGAGCACCUCGCUGGCCUCGUACCUCCUGCUAGCUGUCGGGGGCCCGGACGUGGUAAGCAACACCCUCAAGACGGACAAGCGUAUGGUGAGGGUGUUCCAGCAUGAAUUGACUUCCUUCCUAAAGAAUCGGAACCUCACACUGAGCCAGAUGAUCACCCUGCUGUCCCCUACGUGUGAGGAGGUGAUCGUGGGCUGCUUUAACGAGGUCGAGUCAAUUUCAGGAAAGACGUGUUGCGAGACCAUGUUCAGGCCCACGAUCACCACCCUGGGUAUGUGUUACUCCACGCUGACCAGAACCAGACCAGACCAGCCCAUCAGGCAGACCACGGCGGGCCUCAUCGGCGGCACUCGCAUCAUCUUCUCCAUCAACCUUAACGAGUACAUGGAGUACGACCCUAACGUGCUGGCAACGACCGCCCUGGCAGAGGUUGGCAUCCACGUGUCUCUCUCCCACUUCGACAUGACCCCCACUGUGGCUUCCAACAUGCACGCCGUCCGCAUAGCCCCCGACACCUCCGCCAACAUAGCGCUCUCCGUCACCAGGAUAGAUCACCAGGAGCGCUAUCUACGGGACUGGCCCUGGAGCAGUGAACACCCGAGCUGCGUCAAGGAGGAGGAAUACCUACACCUGACGGAGGCGAGGAAGAUGUACACGGAGAACAACCUCUACUUCACCCUCAUGUACCGCCACUGCCUCUUGCUCCAUGCCAACUGCUCCGCCAUCCCCAUGCGGCUCACGGAUGACGAAACGGCGGAGUGCAUGCCAGACAAGAUCCUCCACCACCUGUUCCUCUUGACUGACGAACAGGUGAGGAACUGUGUCCUCACCAACCUCAACCAGUCCGAGAACAGCUCCAACAAGCUGUGCUACACCACCUUCCUAACCAAACAACUCAGCUAUACAACACUCAAAAAGGACAGUCUGCAGGAUCUCCGUCAGUCCCCGAACAACUCCUUGUCAAUGGCGGUCGUUUACUACUCAGAAUUGGGCUACAGAGAAUACUACGAGAGGAUUCCCACCUUCUCCACCUGGUUCAGUGAUCUCGGUGGACAAAUGGGGCUGUUCCUUGGAGCUUCCUUCAUCACGUUGGUGGAACUGUCCUUCACUGCCUGUUAUGUGGUGCGUCUGGUGGUGUGGCGGGCAGUGAGAGCAGUUCACGCAAGACUAAAAGCAGCUAUGACAAUGUUUUAAUUAUGUGUGUGUGUGUGUGUGUGUGUGUGUUAGACUAUCAAUUAAAAACAUCUCCUUUCUGCCCUGUGUAUAUUGCUAAAAAGACGAAAAAGAAAAACGUCACAGUUCUGUCUUCUGUAAAUUGUUAGGCUAAAAUGAUAUAAUUAAAAGCGUCGCAAUUCUGUACUCUGCAUAUUGUUAAGAUAAAGACAUGAUGAAAAGCGUCUCAGUUCUGUAUUUUAUAUAGCAAGGAUAAAAAGAUAAUAAAAAGCGUCUCAAUUCUGUCCUUUUUAUAUUUUAGGAUAAAAAUAUAAUGAAAAGCGUUUCAGUUCUGUUCUGUGUAGCCCUACUGUUGAGCUAAAGAGAUAUAACAGAAAAGCAUCUCAGUUAUGUUUUUUUUAUAUAUUGUUAGGAUGAAAAGAUAAUGAAAAGCGUCUCAGUUUUAUCCAUGUAAAUUGUUACGCUUAUAGAAAAAUAUGGAGAAAAAUGUCUUAGGUCUGUUCUGUGUAUAUUGCUAGGCUUUGGAAGACACGCAAAUAAAUGUCUUAAUUAGCCUAUCUCCUAAGUAUACUGUUUGGCUUUUAAAUAGACGUAAAGUAUCUGGAUUCCAUGUGUUAGGCUAAAACAACGUAUUUUUAAGUCCUUUUUUUGUCGUUUUGUUAGGCUAAAAAGACGAAAUCAAAAUCGUUUCAAAUCUGUCCUUUGAACAUUGUUAGGCUAAAUAACCGUCAUGAAAUGUUUUGGUAAGCUAACAAAAGAUUCCUAACUAGGUUCUUUUGUUAGGUUCAAGAGACGUAAUGAAGUUUAAAUUAUGUACUAUAUUCUAUAGUAUUAAACUAAAACGACGUUACAAAACUUCUAUUAAAUCAUUUUGUUAAGCUAAAAAGAAUGGCGUUUCAGUUGUCAAUUGUAUAGUUAUGCUAAAUUAACAUGUAUAAAAGUGUCUCAACUGUCCCUAGUAUAUUCCGAGGAUAAAAAAAAAAUGUAAAUUCCUUUCAAUAAUCUAAAAAGACAAUA